AUGGGCAGAUUCGAUCCGAGGAAAACCAAUCUUUUCUACAUCGACCCAUUGGAUCCUUUUCGACCUGAAGGCUUCACCCGCGCACUCGGAACCGUGGCAUCUCCAAGUGCUCUCGCCGCCGAUACUACUCUCGCCAUUUUACUCCGUUUUCAUCUGCUCUACGAAGACGAGAACGUCCCAUACGUGUACCUGCCAUCGAAGACGGCGCUGGGUGACCAUGCGGGGCCAGCGAAGCCGUGA